AUGGCGCCUCCCCGCUCGAUAUCGCCCUUUGCAUCUCCACGGCCGCUGCGUUCCCCGAGAACUGCGACUCCGAAGGUCAUCAAGCGCAACAUCUCGCUCUGCGACCUUGCGGAUGAUGGACCGCCCCAGUUGGACUCCCUGGAUGAAAGCAGGGCGCAGGUUGGGAAAGAGGCUCGGGCGCUUCUGAAAGAUGCACAAGAGGCAUGCGAUGAAGAGGCGUUUCAGGCAGCUGAAAGGGCCGCUGCGGACGCACUUCAAAUGUUCAGAGAAAUCGGAGAUAGGAGCGGCGUUGCACGAGCCCUACGCUGCAUAGUGUCUGCCUACCAGGGCCGCGACGAGUUGGAUGCGGCCUACAACCGGGCCUCCGAGGAGCUGGAGAGGUGUCGGGCAAACGGCAACAAGCUAGGGGAGGCCGCCAUGAUGAUGGCCUUGGUGGACCUGAAGCUGCUGCAGGCAGUCCGACCGAAGGAGGUCAUUUCCCUCGCGAAGAGUGCUCUGGCCAUGGUGCAGCAGCUCAAGGACCGUGCCUGGGAGGCCGAAGGGCUGGUUACCUUGGCGCGCAGCUACGAGAACACGCAGAAAGCUGAGAACAUGUUGCGGGCCGCGCGAGCUGCGGUAGAGGCGUUCAAGCAAGUCGGAGACCGGAAAGGAGAAGCUCAGGCGCUGCAUUGCCUAGCUACGGCAGCCAGCCUCAACAAUGAGGUGAUGGAGGCCGUGCGAUGUUCCAGCGAGGCCUGUGCAAUCCUCAACGGGCUGGGCCUGGCCUGCCAAGAGGCUGCGGAGCUCAUGAGCCUUGCCGAGUUCCACAAGGCGUGCAAGGAUGACAUGAAGAUGCUACAGGCCGCGGAAGAUGCCAUGGCCAUCUACCGAGCAAAAAACAGCUUGGCGGGACAGUCGAAUGCUUUGCGGCUGCUCGUCAAGUCUUAUUGUACAGCUCAGAACGACCUGAAGGGUAUCGAGGUGGCGGAGGCAGCACUGGAGCAGUUCCGUGGUCAGCGGUACAAGCGCGGCGAGGCAGUUGCCCUGGAUCAGAUCGCGUCUGUCCAGUACAACAUGAGAAGACCUUCAGAGGCCCUCGACAAUGCCCUCCAAGCGCUGGAUAUCAUCAAGGAGCUGGAGGACCUGCCAUGGGAGGCUGUCAUGCUGCAUUCUGUGGCCGCUUUGCGCUGUGCCACGAAGCAGUACCCCGAAGCACUCCAAGCCGCGCAAGAGGCAAUCUGGAUCCUAGAAGAUAUCGGAGAUCGCAGCGGGCAGGCAUACGUACGGCUGAACACUGUGCUGCAAGUGCAAACCCAGCUACAGGAGUACCAGGAGGCCCUGAGCACUGCCGAAGAGGCAGUGGCCAUCUUUCGGGAGCUCAAGGAUCGUCGUGGGGAAGCCACCGGUUUGCUGUUAGCAGCCAAUGUCUACAAGAUGGUUGGUCAGUUGGAGGAGGCUGAGAAGUGGUUGCUGGAAGCACAAGAGAUCUUUGAGGACUUGGGUGAGCGGCGUUUGUUGGCCCAAGUGCUGCACAGCAUGGCCAAGAUUCAUAUUGCCAAGCAGGAGCCUGCAGAGGCAGUUCGACUUGCCUACGAGGCACAUGCCCUUUGCAAGAGGGCUCGUGAUAAGGCCGCGGAGGCUGGGACACUCCUCUUCACUGUCGAAGCUCAUCUCUCCUUCAUUGCGCAGCUCGUCGAGAACGGAAGGAUGCGAGGGAGCCGAGAGCUCGAAGAGCAGCUCUCAAAAGCAGAGAAAGCUGGCAUAGCUGCAAAGAGAAUAGCAGAUAAGCUGGGCCAUCAGCAGACCAUAGCUGAUUGCUUCUACGCCUUGUCGGAAGUCAACCUGGUCAGCGGCAGGUAUCAGGAGGCUCUGGAUGGUGCCGACGAGGGCAUCAAGAUCUACCAAGACGUGGGUUACCAGCUUGGCGAGUGUACCUUCGUGAACAUGAAAGCGCAGGCUCUGCUUGUCAGCGGUAAGAACGACGAAGCCUUGAUUGCUGCACAGGAGGCAGUGAGCAUGGCAAAGGCUAUGGAUGACAAGCCUUUGGAAGUUCUCGCUCAAGAGAUUCUGGACAAAGUGCUGCAAGGCCAGCACAUGGGCGUCCAGCCGACCCAGGUCAGUCAGCCCAGGUACGUCCAGGAAGAGGAAGAAGAGGAAAUUCAGGAGGUGCCAGCUGAGUCCCGCAUAGAGGAGGAGAAGCCGAAGGGCCUGGAGCCAGCCAUCGUCAGCGACAUGUUGCACAACAUGCUCCGUGAAAUGAUGGGCUCAGACAUGGAAUCUGAUACUCCCUUGAUGGACGCUGGGGUAGACAGCUUGAUGAGCAUCGAGUUCAGGAGCCAGGUCAACCAAGCCUUUUCUGGGCUCGGACUUUCCUCAACGCUCACGUUCGACUAUCCGACCAUCAGAGAGCUGACGGGGCACAUCGUUGAUAAGAGCAAGAAUCAAUAA